AUGGUAGCUGGGAGGUCGGCGUUGGUUGAAAAUCACCCGCGGCUCUGGCCGUGGCCGCGGGACCGCGGGGAGAGGGGAGCUCUGCUCCCAACGCCCAGUGAAGUUGUCCGUAGUGGCGGAUAUGAUCUCAACCUCUUCGCCAGCCCUCCCGACUGCAACUUCCUGUGCUCCGUGUGCCACGGGGUUCUCAAGAGGCCAGUGAGGUUGCCAUGCAGCCAUAUCUUCUGCAAGAAAUGCAUCCUCCGGUGGCUAGCCAGACAGAAGACCUGUCCAUGCUGCAGGAAAGAGGUGAAAUGGAAAAAGAUGGUCCAUGUAAAUAAACUCCGGAGGACCAUCGGCCGCCUGGAAGUCAAGUGCAAGAACGCGGAAGCUGGCUGCUUGGUGACGUGCCCCCUGGCCCAUCGAAGGGGGCACCAGGACUCAUGCCCUUUUGAGCUGAUGGCCUGCCCCAAUGAGGGCUGCACGGCACGGGUGCCACGUGGGGCCCUGGCUGAGCACUGGCAGCACUGCCAACGUGGGGCCCAGCAGCGCUGCCCACUGGGCUGUGGGGCCGCCCUGGGCCCGGUGGAGCGUGCACGCCACAACUGCUACCGUGAGCUGCGCGACGCCUGGACCCAGCGACAGGAGCGCAGCCGGACCCUGGUGCUGGGCCUGCUGCGGCGCAUGCGCAAAGUGCACCGCACCACCAAUCUCAUCCGCAGGCAGCUGGCCCAGCUCGGAGACUUCCUGGAGGAGGACGACGCGCUGCUCGUGGGCGCCCCGCAAGGGGAGUCCGAGGCCACCCCAGAAGGCAGCAUUGGGGCCGAGGUUGGGGGGCCCAGGGCCACGAUACCUUGUAAACAGAGGGGUAAAUAAACGCAGAGCCCAGGCCUGGCCCGCCCUGCCACUUCUGUGCUUGCCGGCCUCACAGCUUUAUCCCAUUUGCCACCCCCACCCCCGCCCCGCCCCAGGCACUACUGCUUUCACCACGCAGGGACACUGGCCUUUCUCCCUGGGCCACUCCUGCCUGGAAGGCUCUUCUCCCUGCUCUCCGUUUGCCUGGUUUCUUUUCCCUCAGAUACCUCUUCCUCGCAGAGGUUAUCCCUGAAACCCUCCCAGUCUCCUUCCUGUUACUUCUACCUGUCUGUUAACCAACUUCCCAGCCAGUCACACAAACAGCUCAAAACCCUGAACUCCUAGGAAAAGCCCACGCCUCACAAUGACUCACAGGGAACUGCCAUUAUCUCUGACCUCCUGCCCCUGUCGUCUCAGUACUCCCUGUAGCCACAAGCACUGUCCCCCCAAACAGCCACAGGGAUCCCCGCUUUACUCACUCAGGCGACACCUUACCUCCCCCACCACCCCAUUUAAAAGCCCCUUACCCUGAUCUGUUCUUUCCACAGCACUAAUCGCUGAAGGCUCCCGAUUAUUCCUUGCCCGUCCUCCGCCAGCCCUCUCUCCUCUAGCACCUCCUGCUCUUGUGCCUCCCAAAUAUCUACAACAGUGCUUUGCACAUAGAAUGUGAUCAAUAAA